AAAUAAAAAAUAAUUUCGAUUCCAGUUUUAUCCCUACAACUGAUAAUCUAUUGAUAAUCUAUCACUUGCAGAAAGAUAUCAUGGUGUUGGAUCUGGCACACGAGCCAACGAUAAUUAUAAAUUAAUAAUCCAACUGAUGUCAGCGAAAAAUAAAAAUAAAUUUAUAAUCCAUUUUGAGUUUCUCAUUAUCUUGACAGAUAGAUAAAAUACACGUCAGAUUUUCAUGGAGGAAAUAUUUUAAAACUGUAAUCCAGAAGAAAACUAUUAUUAUGCUGAUUCAAAACUAAUGACGUCGUCGAUUUUUGACCAAUCUUACCUUUACAAAUUGUGUGUGUCACGUUUUUCAUCAAGUCUCCAUUUCCUAAAUUACAUGAUUUAAACAAUAUUAAUUGUGGAUUAAGAUGGUAAUUAUAUCUCUAACUGUAACUGUAUUUAUGAUGUUAAAACCCAAUUUCGAGAAAUUGACUAUUUUAGGAAAGUUUUUAUUUAUUUUAUUUAUUAAUAGAAACUAGAUAUAUUAUUUUUGCUUGACCAUUAAGGCGUCAGACAGAAAUAUCUUCUGUUGGUUUUCUAUUUUUUAUCCUGUCUAUAUUUUAUUUUCUUAUUUAGGCAGGGAUCUUUUUUAAAUACAUAAAACAAGAAAAUUACUUCUCGAAAACAAACAAGUUCUCUUAAAAUAAAUAAUUUUGUUUUUCACAAAAAGACAGUGAGUGAGGCGUGGAAGAUAGACUUAUCUCCAAUGACUCGAUGCCACGUAUAAGAUGUGAACGUUACUCUUGUCUUUGUCGUAACCAGAUCCCAUAAUCGGCGGGGCGAAACCAUCAGGGAAAGGCGCAAUACUGACGUGGAAUGGAAUAUUCGAAACGCGGAGAAGAUCCAGCUCCCUUUUAGCUUCCUUCAUUUUUAUAUAAAUAUAUAUACUCCAAUUAACAAACAAGAAAUCGUCACACGCAUUUCGAAACCUCUCUUUCUUCUCUCUCUAUAGUCGUGAGGAAAUCUGAAAAAUGGCUCUUCGUACUGUUCUCGUUGCCGACGUCCCUACCCUCCCGGACUCCGUUUACGGAUUAUCCGACGGUAUGAGUCCCUCCGGUUUAGAAUUGAGCGAACCGAAACCGUUUAAGAUGCCUGGAUUCUCUGUGAUUGGACACAGAGGAAAUGGUAUGAAUGUGUUGCAGUCUUCUGAUCGGAGAACCAGAGGUUUUAAAGAAAACUCUAUCCUCUCUUUCAAUUCUGCAGCCAAGUUUCCCAUCGAUUUCAUUGAGUUCGAUGUUCAGGUGACAAAAGAUGAUUGUCCAGUCAUUUUUCAUGAUGAUUUCAUCUACUCUCAAGAGAAUGGUAUUGUUAAUGAGAGUAGAGUGACUGACUUGAGCCUCUCUGAGUUUCUCCUCUAUGGACCUCAGAAAGAAGCUGAGAAAACAGGCAAGGCCCUUAUGAGGAAAUCCAAAGAAGGUCAGGUUUUGAAAUGGGAAGUUGACUCUGAUGACUCCCUUUGCACGCUACAAGAAGCUUUCGAACAAGUUGACCAAUCUCUAGGGUUCAAUAUCGAGUUGAAAUUCGAUAAUCAGGUUGUCUAUGAACGAGAGUUUCUCGUCCAUGUCUUGAGAACAGUUCUGCAGGUGGUGUUUGAUUAUGCUAAAGACAGACCAGUGAUCUUCUCAAGUUUCCAGCCAGAUGCAGCACAGCUUGUUAGAGAACUGCAGAACACUUACCCUGUUUUCUUUCUGACUGAUGCGGGGAAUCAAAUGUUCAAAGACGAGAGAAGAAACUCACUGGAAGAAGCCAUUAAAGUUUGCUUGGAAGGAAAGCUACAAGGUAUUGUUUCAGAGGUUAAAGGAGUUUUCAGAAACCCAUCAGCCAUUGCCAAGAUCAAAGAAUCUAACCUUUCUCUUCUCACAUACGGCAAACUCAACAAUGUGGGAGAGGCAGUGUACCUGCAAUAUGUGAUGGGGAUUGAAGGAGUCAUUGUAGACUUUGUUGAGGAGAUUUCUGAGUCAGUGACGCUCAUGAUGAUAAGACCACCAUCACCAUCAUCACCAUUACCAUCAUCACAGUCAAAGGAUGAUGUUGCUGCCAUUACAAGACCUGAGUUUUCACAAAAGGAGAUUGAUUUUCUUCUCAAGCUUCUUUCACAGUUGAUACAGCAUUAAUUGUUGUAUCUUUGUAUCUUUUAUCAAGGAGAUUGAUAUUCCAAUAUCGUUGUAUAUUUUCCUUCUUUUAUCAUGUGAUAUUUUUUUUCCUUUAGGGGUUUGAUUUUCUUUCUUCUUCUUUUUUCUUCCGAUCUGAGUGUCUUGCUCCAAUAGCUAAACUGUAUAUAAAUCUGCAAUCUAUCUGCAAUUUUCUUACUC